AUGCUCGAUGCUACUGAAGAAGUGAAGCAAGAUCUAGUCGGCGCCGUCCCGUCAGAGGAUAUAAAUAUCGCUGGGAAGCGUGGAGACGGUCGACUCUCACCGGUUGUCGUCAUAGUAGCCUUCGUCAACUGGAACAGCCAGCUAUUUAGCGUUGUUAGCAUCAAUAGUACACAAGUUGAACGAGAUGCUAAUGAAGCGGCUGGUUUCAACAUGCUCUCAUACUUCAGAGUCGGGCCUAAUCUGGGCGUCGUUUUGACCCGUGUCCUUGGUCCUGGGCCUAGCAGGCAACGCCAUGGUCGGGUGGGGAACCGUGUUUCCGAAUCAGAGGCACGGGAGGGGAAUAAGGAGAAGAUGGUGGGAAACUCAAGUCGUCCACGCAUCCAGCAGCCUGGAAAGAGAUUUCCUCCUGGGAUGAGAAUGAGCAAGAAGAAAUGA